AUGGACCGGACAAGGUUCAAGCCCAAGGAGCACUAUGGGUCCAGCCCGUCCACUACCACCACCCGGGUACAACAAUCACAACCGCUACCAACGUUGAUCUACGGAACAAGCAUUGACUACCAGGAACGUGCCAAACGACUUCGGCUCACAGGCCCUCCACCAGAUCACGAUCUCAACCCAUUCAACGCGCCAACAGUCAACAAGAUCGAAAACAUGUUUGAACGAGUCAUGUCCAUCGCGAAAUCAUCUUCUUCCUCGUCAUCUGCUUCUCAGCCAGCACGGAGGCACGACUUUGAAGCAGAUGAGAAGGCAAACAGGUACCGGUAUAUGCUCCCUCCUAUGGAUGCAGCCACGACUACAUUGACUCGACCAACGGCAACCAACAAGUCUACUCAAGAGGAGCCACAACAACAGCAACAAACGCAGGAACCAAUUUACCAGCAACCUCUGCGAGCACCGUCGGUCCCUAUGAAAAGGCCCCUCUCUCCCGAGCCACCUGGUAAUCGCAAUGCAUCAGAGGUCAUGGACGCUGACAGUGAUGAUGAAGAUGUGGUGGAGAUCCUGUCUUCCGACGACGAAGAAGAAGGCGGACGAGAGCUUUCGGCAGAGGACGAGGAGCACUACUCCUAUUCUGACGAGGACGAGCAGGAGGAAGAGGACGAGUUCGAACAGUACCCUGACGGGCAGCAUGUUAUCCUUGACGACGACGAUGACGAUAUCGAUGUUGGGCAUUCAAAGGAGCCACGUUGGGUCGACGAGCUAGAUAAGGCAUACCAUAUGCAACACGAACGGCAUCAUCACAACCGCUCCGAAGACUUGCGGGAGAUCGGAGCAGAUCAAGAAGACAGUCAGGAAGAAGAUGCAGUCGAGGUCGAGGAUGAUGAUGAUGUCGUGGAAGAGGAGUAUGACGAUGAUGAAGAUGUCACGGGCGAACAUCAAACCGACGAGGAUGAAGAAGAAGUGUCACCGGAGGAGAUUCGUCGCCAGCGGAACGAAAUGAACCGACAGCUUCGAGGACAGAUGGGCAUGAGCAUGGGCAUGGGCAUAUCGAAUGCACCUCGGUUUGGUCAAAGACACCCCCUCGGUCCGAUGGAGCCAGUGGAUCUGGAAGACGACGAGGAUGAUGAGAUUGCUGAAGGUGUGAGCGAUCAGGAGGAUCCCGAGGGCAUGGACGAAUAUGAAAACCGUGAACCGGGCGAGGUGAUUGAGGAAGGAGAAGAGUACCCGUCGGAUGAGGAGACCCAUAGAGACGGUGCCGAACCGCGAGAGCUCCAUGAUGAUGGCGCAUCAUCCGAGGGUGAACCAGAGGUCGACAUUUCCCUUGCUCAACCCCACCAACAACGGGCCUCGUUGUCUCACCACUUGCAGGAGAACUUGCGUCAUUUGGAGAGCGUGAUGCCACCACAUGAGCGGUACGACAGCCCUACAGACAAUGUUGUCAUGCUUCUCGACAGCGAUGAAGAGGAGGGGGAGUACCCUCAAGACGAUAGCGAGGUGGAAGACGACGAUGCAGAGCAGGAGGAAUUGGAGUAUGACGGCGACUCCCAGGACGAUCAAGAAGGAGAGUAUGAGCAGGACCAGAAAGACGAGUACGGCCAACCCGCCUAUACGACUCAAGACAACAACACCUGGGAGGAUGACCAAGGUGGUGACCCUGAGAAAAUCAACGACGUCUCGGGAUCAAACGUUGCGGUGGCGGAUUCUGUCAUCCAGAUUGUUGGCGAGGUGAUCAAUCGGGAUGAGUAUGCCCACGAAGCCACGGAGGGUCGCAUGUCGCAAGAGUCACAGGAUCCAUAUGAGCAACUUCGCACCUUUACUUCGUCAACCUCGAGCUCUGGCUUUGGAGAGUCCGCUUUGUUUCAGAGUCAUGUGAGCGACAACGUCCGACUCAACCUUGACACGGAUCAGGUUGGCAUGGACGGGGAUUUUGUCAGUGAAGUUAUAGAAGCCAGCGCCGUACAGGAUGAGGAGAUGCAGUCGCCGCCAGCGUCACCUGCGGAAGAGUAUGAGGUUGAGCAACAGUCUCGAUACAUGGAUUCUGGCGAUGGCCUUGGUGGCCAUGACACCGGUGUUGUGAUGGAAUAUCCACGUCUUGUUGAUGCCCGGAACGACCCGUCUCUGACAAAUGUGGUUAUGACUGAGAUCCCAGGCUACCAAGGGCUCCCAUCGGCGCCAGAGUUUGAGUCAGAAACGGACGCUGACAAUAGCCAGGUUCAGUUCGAAGAGGACCUUCCUUCUUCAGGAAUCGUUGUGGAUGAGAUGGAGGAACCAGAGGAACUCCAGCAGAUGUCAGAGGUCGAUUCAGAGGCGGACGCCGGUGUGAGCCAGAUCCAGAUCCAGAUCAAGCAAGUCUCAACUACCACCGUCACCACCUCCACAGUUCCUGCUGACAGUUACGUCGUCCUGACUGACGAGCCACAUACUGACAUGUCUUUGGUGCAACAGGAAGUUCAGCCACUUACCGACAUGGAGGAGGAACUCGAGUCAGAAGCCUUCGCGACUCCUCAUUCUCAGCUUGCGUCUGCCCGGACCCCACUUCUGGACAGGUUACACUCAAUCGCUCAGGAGGAGAAUAUCGACCUUCAGUCUCCAGCACAGUCGACUUCAUCAACCUCCACGGAACUGUUUUCGACUCCCACCUUCAUCCCAUUAGGCUUUAUGCAGCCUGCGCAAUCUACCGAUAGCCUUAGGUCUCCCGCCACAUUCGCCACGCCCGUCACUACCUUCGCUACGCCAGACACCGCCUUCGACACUCCAACCGCCUCGUCAACUGCUGCUGAAGCGGAGCGUUCAGACUUGUCACCGGCUCAACCACGCAAGACAAGACUGACUCGCAUGAGUACGAUGGCACAGACUGUUCGGGAUGGUCAGGCCUACAUGGAUCAACUUGCGGUUAGAUCGAGUCCCAGCAACAGCAAGACCAACUCUGCCUCGACAGCGGACUCACACGACAUGGAUUCCUCGUCAUCAUCGCCAUCUCUCAAGCGUAGCAGUACCGGGUCGUCUCAUGGCAGGACUGCGGCCAACAUGUUCCUGUUGGUCAAGGAAGCACGGGAGUUUUGUGCCGGUGGACCCUCUCGUGUGGGGUUUGGCCCGAUGGAUGAAGAACCUGCGAGGGACACGGUGAUGAAUGAGGAAGUAGGAGGACAGGCCGUUAUGGCAGAGGAUCGCGUCUCUUCUGCCGGUUCUCAACCUUCAACACCCCACAAGAGCGGCGUUGUCGAUCUGGUCGCCGAGUUGGUCAUCCAGAGCAAGGUCAAGGGCCACCAUGCGCUUCGCAUCAAUCCAUCGUCGCCUGGAAGAUCACCCGUCAUCAAUGCGUCUCCGUCCAGGUCGAGCAGCCAGGAACCAAGCGUGAUUUCGCCCAUGGUCCCACAGUAUCCGCUUUCUCAGCCGCCACCUUCAGUGGGUCCAGCAUCGUCGGUCUUUACAUUCGGACAGGGAUCUCCCUCCAAAAGCGUUCCUGCGUUGCCUAGUGUCGGAUUUGGGUUCGGAACGACGUUCGUCAUGACGCCAAAGGAGAGGAGGACAUCUGUCGGCUCGGCGAGUUCUAAGACGUCGCCCCGGAAGGGCAGUGGGUUAGGUUCGUACGCGUUUGGUUUGGAUUCAGAGGAUUUGAGCAGUACAGCCGUUGAGCCUGCGCUUCCUGGCGUUACCGAGGACGAAGAGGUUGAGGAGCCAAACGAUCGCCACGACCGGGAGAGGAAGGGCGCUGCUGUGGAGACUCUUGGUGUGUUCGAAAUUGAGAGCCCCGGACAGGCGAUCGAGACUGAGGAGGAGGAGAAUGAUAGUGAUAUAGCUGGUGACGAGGCGUCUUCGAGUCUGACUGUCGGUGUCGAGGAUGAGAGUGACAGCGAGGGCGAGGACCAGGAAGGUGACGAGAAGGCUGGUGCCCCAGCUGGUGCUACUGCUGCUGAGGGCAAGGGGAAGAAGAAGGCUCGCAAGACAAGCAAGGGCAAGAAGCCUGCGCCCAAGGUACAAGCCAAGAGAUUGAAGCGUCGCGAGUUGUUCUGGCAGAAGAAGCAACAAGAUAUGCAGCAGCUCCAGCAAGCUCCUCCACAAGAGUAA